UCUAGAGUUAAAAUAUAUUUGUUAUCAAAUAAUUAAAAAAAAAAAAAGGCAUACUACCCAAAUCCUUGAGAAAUAGUUGGCUUUUUGUCAUCUAAAACAGCUACUCGGCUUUGAAGUGGAGACAGAUUUUGCACAACUAGGACUGACACUUCUCUCUUUUGGCUUUUCUGAUUUGAAGGAGUUCCUUUCUUUUGUCUGUGUCUUUUGUUUGUAAAAAUGGAAUUGGUUCCUUCUUUUGCCUUUUGCUUUAUUUAUUAUUAUUAUCAUUAUCAUUAUUUUUUGGAUUUUCUAGAUUUUUAUCAUUUUGUUUUCCCUUCUUUCAAACUUUAGGCCAAAGACCACCAUAGUGGUUAAUUAUUGCCAGAGAAGGUAAAAAGGGAUACAAUGACCUUAUCUCCUCAAGGGAUUUUUCUUUUUUUUUCUUCUAACUUCUUUGUGUUUAAGAGUGUGUUUGGAUGGGGCGAAGUGAGGAUUUUUAAAAUAAUGUAAGACAAAAGAAAUAACCAACUUACCAAUUUGAUGGAUAGAAAAAAUGAGGGUUUUGGAAGUUUUGAAGCCUCAAAAAAUCAUAUCCUACUUAAAUAACCUUCUUCUAAAUAAGAUAAUUAUUUUAGAAAACCAUAGCUUACAUCCAAAAACUUUCUUCCAAACACAGUGUAAGACUUGUCAGGUUCAACAUAGAUGUCUUGCCACCGCUAGGCUGUCCACAAGAGAUCAAGGUUGCAAUUUUGGCAGGUUUUGGAACAGGGCCAGGGCUAAGAUGCACACACAAAAGCUGCAAAGCCCAAAUCAAUGGUGACAUUGGACCAAUAUUUUCAAAGUGUCCACUUGAUUAUCUACCCACAGUAGUUACGUUUGGAAAUGGAUUGCAGUCGAAGGACAGAAUCAAAGAAACUUCACUUUUACUUCUGUUAUAAUGGAGGCAUCACUUUGUUUAAAAGAAACCCAACAACCACUGCAUCUAAGUAAGACACAGUGAGGUUGCUAAUAUCAGAAUUUACGUGUGAAGACCAAAUUAAGUUAGUUGCUGCUUAUCUUAGGUUUGUGCACUGUUUUUUUCAUUGGUAUGUGAAGUAAUUGAACAGCCAAAAAAUAAAAAUAAAAAUAAAAAUUAAAAAAAAGUUGAUAAUUAUCAGCUAGAAGGACUAGACUCUCAAGAAUAUAAUUUCUGGGUGUUUCUCUUUUAGUCUUGAUCACCUUAUAUUCCUUUUGAUUAAUAGAGUGGUGGCUUUGCAAAUGCCCAAAUCACUUGCAGAUGAAUUAUUCUUCUCCCUGCUUCGCAAGGGCUAAUGUCUACUCAUAUUUGCAUGAAAUUUCUUUGGAUUCAGAAAAUACAAGUUGAAUAUUUGCAUGAAAUUUAAUUGAAUAUCAUAUAUUAAUAUGUCAUAUGCUAAAUUUCCCAAGAAUUUGUUCCAAACACAGCAUGUAGAAAUAUAUCAUGGUGCAUGGAGCAUUAUGGAAAAUUUCAGUAAUCAACAGAAUUAAUAAUAGAAGUUAAAAUGGCAACUUUUGUAUUUUGUUAUGAAGGGAAAAGCAAGAACAAAAGGUAAAAGUGCAUAACAGAAAAUCCUGAAAUUGAACUUUUUACCACUGGGACAAUGACUGCUCCAAUUUUCUAAAUAGACUGUUCUUUAAUACUUUACAUGAAAGUUUCCUGCAAAUGCUAAUCUAACUAGAAAAUGAGAUGUUCUAUCCAAAAAGAAAAAUAUAAAGCAAUAAUGAUAAGGCUCCUGUUUGGUCUGUCCCUUUCUUUUCUGGUAAGAAAGUUGGUUUAAGAAAGGCAUAAGUAGCCUUGUAUGAAACAGAAUGUGCAACGAACAAACCUUCAUUUAGUAAAAUAAGAAUAAUUAGACUCCACAGAGACUAACACAUUUAAUAACACUAACCCUUUUUCUUUCUUGAAGGCAUAUAAGGAAGAGUACGUUUCAUUCUAUUCAAGGUUAAGACUAGAGUCCAAAGCAAUGUUUUUGUAGUGAAAGACAAUGCAUAAAGAUCAAAUUCCACAUUUCUAUUCAAACCCAUAAUUAGUUCAUCUAUUGAAUAUGAAUUAAACUUUUCAUGUUCAUGUGUAUAUAUAGGAGAUCAAACUCUGGUUCAUUUUCAUCAAUGGCUAAACUGAGGAAGCCAAAUUGCUAUCUAUUUGUGUUGGCAGUGGUUUAUCUUUCAGGUUCUUUGUGUGUUAGAGCUGGAGAUGAGUAUACAUCAGCAGUGGGUGAUCCAGGCAUGAGGAAAGAUGGUCUAAGAUUAGCAAUAGAGUCAUGGAACCAGUGCAAUGAGGUUGGAGAAGAAGUUCCUGGUAUGGGCAGCCCAAGAGCUGCAGAUUGCUUUGACAUAUACAAAGCUUCUCCUCAGGCAAAAGAAAAGAAUUGCUCCAUCUGCAAUUUGCUGCCCUAUAUGUUGGUGCACAGGGUCACAGAGGAAGACAACAAACUAGGAGUUGGAGACCCUUUUCCUGGAGUGCAGACAAAGUCUCUAUAUGAUGUGAAUCUUUAUGCUGCAGAGAAAGAACUCUACUUAGGUUCUAAAUGUCAAGUUGAAGACAGUCCAAAUCCAUGGCAGUUCUGGAUGGUCAUGCUCAAGAGUGGGAACAUGGACACUUACGCAGCCAAGUGCCCAAAAAAUGGACAGAAAAUAGGACCUUUUGGCCCUAAUUCUGGGUUCCCUUGCUUUGGAAAAGGGUGCAUGAACCAACCGUUUAUUUAUCAUGACUACACUACUCUGCAAGGGCCUAAUAGGACUACUCUCAAAGGUAGGUUUUAUGGGACGUGGGAUUUGGAUGCUGAUUUGAAAAAUGGACUUUUGGGUAACAUUUCUUACCAUUCUGUGAGUUGGGAGAAGGAAGUUGGAAAGGGCAGUUGGAUUUUCCACCAUGUCUUGAGGACUUCAACAAAGUAUCCAUGGUUGAUGCUUUACUUGAGAUCGGAUGCAACGCGUGGACUCUCUGGUGGCUAUCAUUACCCCACCAGGGGAAUGUCCAAAAUUAUACCAGAAUCACCAAACUUUAACGUGAGGUUCACUUUGAAUGUAAUCAAAGGUGGGGGUCCUAGCAGUCAAUUCUACCUACUGGACAUAGGAAGCUGUUGGAAGAACAAUGGACAACCUUGCGAUGGAAAUGUCUCGUCAGACGUUACACGAUACUGCGAAAUGAUCAUAAACCCAAAUACAAGUUCAUGGUGCCAUCCUGACAACCUUAAUCUCUGCCCACCUCACCACACAUUUCCCAAUGGAACACGUGUUCAUCGGAAUGACACUGCUCAAUUCCCUUAUGCAGCCUAUCACUUGCAUUGUUCCCCAGGGAAUGCAGAGCAUCUUGAGGUGCCUUACAGUUUGUGUGAUCCAUACAGCAAUCCUCAGCCUCAGGAAAUAUUGCAGAUUUUGCCGCAUCCUGUUUGGCGUGAGUAUGGAUAUCCAACUAAGCAAGGUGAGGGUUGGAUUGGUGAUCCAAGAACAUGGGAGCUUGAUGUUGGGAGGUUGUCACAAUCACUUUACUUUUAUCAGGAUCCUGGGACUCCUCCAGCCAGGAGGCAAUGGAUGUCUGUUGAUUUAGGAACUGAAAUUUUCAAAGCUCCUGAUCAGGUUGCUGAAUGGACUGUUACAGACUUCGACAUCCUUGUACCUAAGCAAUAACUCCCGCUAAGAGAUUACAAUUUCCAGCCUAAACAAUGGAUUUUUUUAGGGAGAUAGAUUAGGGCCUCAACCCAAAGGGUUCUUUUUUAUUUUCUUGAAUACAGUAGUUACUAGGAUUCAUACCAUAAACUUCAAGGUUCUUUUUCCCCCCCUGUUAUUCUCAGCUAAUCAGCAAAAUUCAAUCUGAUGUCUUCUAUAUUCUUUUUUUGUUUUUAUCAGAAUCAGCAUAAUGUACAACUUGUUCUUCUUC